AUGAACCAAGAAGAAGUGAUUGGUGCUCAACGACAUAUUCUCUCAUCAGCCGCUUCAUCCAACGAUGAUAUCGCUUCAAACAGAUCAACAAGUUCACCUUUAGAUCAAAAACCAAACAUCUGGCAAAUGAACGGACAAUCAAUCAUUAAUCAGUUAUCUCCGACCGCUGGUGAUCAGGCAAAUAUUGGUGAGCCAGCUCAAGCCAGUUCUUCAGCUACUGAUUUAUCUGCUGAUGCUGAAGGUGUUUGGUCACCUGAUAUUGACCAGGCAUUUCAAGAAGCGUUGCAAAUUUAUCCGCCAUGUGGUCGACGGAAAAUUAUUCUCAGCGAUGAAGGGAAAAUGUAUGGUCGAAAUGAAUUAAUAGCUCGAUAUAUCAAGAUAAGGUGUGGCAAAACAAGGACACGAAAACAAGUUUCAUCACAUAUCCAAGUUCUUGCACGAAAGAAAGCUCGUGAAACACAGGCUAAGCUUAAGUCAGCGGAAACAUCUCCGCCAUCCGCUGUUAGUACAACUGUUCCUGGUACUAGUGCUGAAAAAGAAAAACCGAUGUCAGCAGCAUUAAAUAAUUUAUCGAUGUUGGCGAUGAGUAAGCAAAAUGUCCUACCUCGGGCACUUUACCCAACAGUAUGGCCCGCUGGUUUUCCAACUCCAACUUCGGCACAGACCGCAUUUUCAGCUCAGGAAGAUCUCAAAGCUUAUCAGCGCAUCGUCGAAAUAAAUGGCUACAACAAUGGUCGAGUAUCAUUGAAUGGUCAGUCACCAGUGGAAAAAUUAUCACCUGUGAUACCUGUUGAUGAUCGUGCUAUUGCUUCUUCAGUGCUUACCUUAUGCGGUUUCACAGCUUAUGUUGAACCCAUUCCAAACAACGUUGCUUCACGGGUAGAUCUCGUGCGAAUACCAAAACUUGCCGAUGAACCACUUGAGACUUUCAAGUUAGAGGAUAUAGCAGAGAAAUAUCCACCAGUACUUGGUGAGUUAUUUGCAUCGGGACCUCGUGAUGGUUUUUUCCUUGUGAAAUGUUGGGCUAACAUCGAAUUCACUCUACCGGAUGAUAAUUCUGCUCUUUAUGCAGUUGAUAGCUUCUAUGAAAGUACCCAACGAUUUGAUAUCACAGUAUCCACAAAAGUAUGCUCCUUUGGUAAGCAAGUGAUCGAGAAAGUUGAAAUUUACUCACCGAUUGAAAACGGAAGAAAAUUUAAUUUUCGAUUAGAAGGAUCACCAAUGUGUGAAUAUAUGGUGAAAUUUGUUGCAGAGCUGAAAAAAUUACAAAGUCAUGAUUUAAUGAAUAGUGUGUUAUAUAAUUUCACAGUAUUGCAGGUAGUAACAAAUCGUGAUACAAAAGAACCAUUAAUGGUGAUCGGUUUCGUUUUUGAGGUAUCACCGGUUCCAGAAUCGACAUGUCGUUUAUACAGACUUGUUGCAGGCUAA